AUGUACGAAGGGAUUGACAACCUGAAAUCCCUUUACGACCGUGCCGGGAAGACUUUCUCCGGCGGUCCUUCUGCGGCACAGGAUGUGUCGCGUCGUACUGCUCGACCAGACCCAGUACGUCAACCAUCAAUUGGGAGCGGGGGUCCCAAGAAUCCCAGGACGGGGGAUAGCCGCGCCACCGGACGAGGUAACUCGUCCGACGUCCGUUCACGUCGCGGUAAUUCAACAGCUGCUCUACUAGAUAGCGCUGGCCACCGCGAGAGUCCUCUAAUGGAGGUGGAGGAGGAGGAAAGACGCUCUCCACACGAUCAUGUGGAUCGGUGUGUUCCCGAGAGCUUCUUUGAUCGCGUAACGCAAGGGUUACGCGACGAUCUCGAGCAUGAGCGGAAUAGGCGUCUCCAGAUGGUGGACACUGCCUCGAAGCAUCGAGCUGAGUUUGCCUUUGCUCAGCUUGAGAACGAGAGAUCUCUGACAUCUCUUCGUGACGAGCUAAGGGUAGCUCGUGGGAUUGUUGAUCGGUCUCGGGCUGAGAUAACUGCUCUUCAGACCCUUGUUGAUGCCCACCAUCGGGAGCACAAGGCUCUCUGCGAGAUGCUUGAGCGCAAGGGAGUUCUUCAUCGGAAGAAGCAGCGUACUGAUGGUACGGCUUAA